CAACAGAAAUCCACUCAAGAAUGCAUCAUACAGCUCCCCUCCCCCCGCCUCCCCCCAAAGGCAUGUUGCAGUUAAGUAUACACCCAUAUGGGCACGUUUCCGUGUCACUGGGUCCUAUAAGGUGUGCUUAAACGCGGACGUGUCUCGUGCAGCUCUUUCCGAUUCAUUUCUACGCAGGAAUUUUUCAUACAAACGUUGUUCAUUUCAUAGGGGAGCCAUGCAGACGCGUUUCCAAAACAAACGUACCCUAACCCAGACGGCCGCGGUCAGGUGUUACAACGCAGGCGUGUUCUACACAGCCGUUUCCCACACAGGUAUGCUUCCGUUCGUCUAUACUCCAGAGGUGUGGCUCAACGCACACGUCUCCCACAGGUGUGCCCGCAACAUAGGUGGGAGGUCCCUCUUACCCUAGCUCGCUUCCGCCCCUACUUACUCCUCGCUGUUGUAGAAUUGGGUUCCCGUUACAGGUGCGUCCCUGGCGCGGCCCCACCCCCGUUUGGCUCCGCCCUCCCAUCUGGGCUCAGGUGCACGAGCCGGAAGUGCGCUCCUCUCCCAGGUGAGUGACUAAACUUUCCGGGUCACGUGAACGGGAGGAGCUGGAGGAGUCCGACCGAGCUACCGACCGACGCACCGAGGGUUCGAGCCAGGUACUCGGACCGGGCACCGGCGCAAGGUCGAAGACGCCUGGGCCAGGUGUCGGGUCGCAGGUACCCCCGGCCCGAGAUGCGGUAGAAGCAGCGCGCAGGAGACGCCCGGUUCCCGGUGCCACCAGCCCGUCGCCCGGCCCAUGGCGAGCCCCGGCCUGGGGCUGCUUCUGGCGCUCGGCCUGCAGCUGCUGCCCGCCCGCUGGGGCCGGGCCUGGGGGCAAACGCUGGACCCCCCCGUAAAUGACAACAGCACCAUCACACCCUCUGACCCGGGCUCCGGCUCCCAUGGGGCGCUGUCUCAGGAGGCCAUCACCGCCAUCAUUGUGGUCUUCUCCCUCCUGGCCGCCUCGCUCCUGGCCGUGGGGCUGGUGCUGCUGGUUCGAAAACUUCGGGAGAAGCGGCAGACACAGGGCACCUACCGGCCCAGCAGCGAGGAGCAGUUCUCCCACGCAGCCGAGGCCCGGGCUCCCCAGGACUCCAAGGAGACAGUGCGGGGCUGCCUGCCCAUCUAGGUCCCUUUUCCAUCUCUCUCUCUCUCUCUCUCUCUCUGUCUCUCUCUCUCUCUCUCUCUCUCUGUCUCUCUCUCUCUCUCUCUCUCUCUCUCUCGCUGUGUGACCUUGGGGGAAGGCAGAGCCCUCUCUGGGCAAUCAAACCUACCUAGUGCUUAAGAAUAGAAGGGAGGAAGGUGCUUCAAAGACUCUGCCCCUGAGGGGAAGGGAGGGUGGUGCUGCUUACAUUUUAUAUAUAUAUAUAUAUAUUUUA